AUGGAGUCCCUGAACCGGGCUGCUCUGAACGAGUUCGUGAUGCGUCCCGUCUCGCGGGACAUGAUCUCGCAUCUCGCCCAGCAGGCCUCCAAGGUCAUCCGCUGCGAGAACCAUGUGACCACAUCAGCCGUCCAUCAACAUGGGCAGCCGACUCCUCCCAGCACUCCCCCCUUGGACGGCUCCGACAACUUGCCGCCUCUCCCUCCGCUGGAGACCUUCAUCGCCUCUCUCGUCCACCGAUCACAAGUGCAGGUGCCGACUCUGAUGACUUCGCUGGUCUACCUCGCCCGGUUACGUGCUCGCCUGCCCCCUGUCGCCAAGGGCAUGCGUUGUACCGUUCACCGCAUCUUCCUGGCCUCUCUGAUCCUGGCUGCCAAGAACUUGAACGACUCCAGUCCCAAGAACAAGCACUGGGCACGGUAUACUGCCGUGAGAGGAUACGAUGGCUUCGGGUUCUCGUUGGCCGAGGUCAAUCUCAUGGAACGCCAGCUCCUCUUCCUUCUCGACUGGGAUACCCGGGUUACAGAGAAGGACCUUUUUGAGCAUUUCGAGCCCUUCCUGGCUCCGAUCCGCAAGAAAUACGAGAUGCCCGAGCCGCACGAUGCACUGAACCCUCUACAACAUGAAUGGUGGCGUCUCAACGCCUCUGCAGAAGCCCUGGCCGCUCGCCUGCGCCGUCAGAAGCAGGAGAUGCGAGGCGACAUUCGACGGGCUCAUCAUGAUGGCGCUCCCCAGAGACGUCACCAACACAACCAUCUCCCGUCCAAUGCGGGCAGUCACGACUCGUCCAUGUCGGUUUCCGAUGAUGUCGAGCGCUACAGCCCUUAUCAUCGCCGACGCACGUCGCCAUAUCGGAGCAGCAAUCGGUCUACUUCCCCUCCUUCGGUCAAAGAUGUCCCCGGCUUAACUCGCGCAGACACACAGAACUCAUUGGCCCCUUCGUCCCGUUCUUCGAGCCAAGCUCCGAGCUCGCGGAGCACACCCGCCAGCGUCAGCACCUGUUCCUCUGCUCCCGGGGACGACGUCGUUGUGGCGGAUGAAAACGCCAGCCCGGCGAGCUCAGCGCUGAGUUACAGCUAUGUCAACAUCCCCGCACUCCAUCCUCAGGCAAAGCAGCAGCCGGCCAUGGUCAGUUCCACGACCACACAACCCAGUAAAAAGAUCAAGACGACCAGCAAUAUGGGGGGCAGUGGCGGCGGCUUGGUAGCAAGGUUUUUUGCUUCUGCUGCUGGGGCAUACAUGGGCGGUCGCAUCGCUCGACCUUUGGCUUAG